AUGGUUUGCUGUCGAAUUGUUCGACGGGGGCUCCGAAGAGCAGCAGUAGAUGCCAACAUGGAUAUCAUCGACGGGAGAGAUACAGAGAGAGGUGAUGAGGAGCAGUUGGCGUCGAGAAACACGACAGUGCAACGCACAUCUUCGGCACUGAGCUCACUGAUGAGAGAGGAAACGCCUCCAAUUCAGGAGAAAUUCUCACUCUACAGCGCAAUACUGACGUAUUACUGGCAAAAUCACUAUAUUACAGCAGAACUAAAGGUUUCACUUGUUACCUGUGCCACUUAUCUCUCAGCACCUCUGUGCGCUCCAACGAACCUGUUUCUAGGCAUGAAGGCCCAGACUAUCACCUCUGCGAGUGCACUAAAAGAGGGCCAACUUCGGUGA